CGUCAGAAAUGCAGAGAGAGAUAGAAAGAUAGGGGGGAAUUGAAAAGAAGGAGGAAUUUUGAUUAUAAAUUAAUCUGUAGCAUUAUUGGAAUUUGAAGUUUUGAUUGUUGAAAAUAAAGAAUGGGAGGUUCAUCGGAAACGAAGAUCCUACAAGACCUGUUGUUGUACGCGGCGAGCGCGGCGCUGAGUUGCUUGGUAUUGUUCGCGGGGCUCCGACACUUCGACCCGAACCGCGAGGCAUCGAAGAAAGCUCUUGAGCAUAAGAAAGAGAUUGCCAAGCGUCUAGGUCGCCCUCUCAUUCAGACAAACCCUUACGAGGAUGUCAUAGCCUGUGAUGUUAUAAAUCCUGAUCACAUUGAUGUGGAGUUUAACUCUAUUGGGGGACUGGAAACAAUCAAGCAAGCUUUGUUUGAGCUUGUUAUUCUGCCUUUAAAAAGACCGGACUUGUUUUCACAUGGUAAGCUUCUUGGACCACAAAAGGGGGUUCUGUUGUAUGGACCGCCUGGCACUGGAAAAACCAUGCUUGCCAAAGCUAUUGCUAAGGAGUCGGGAGCAGUUUUUAUUAAUGUGAGGAUAUCAAACCUGAUGAGCAAGUGGUUUGGUGAUGCACAAAAGCUUGUGGCUGCUGUAUUUAGCUUGGCUCAUAAGCUCCAGCCUGCCAUCAUAUUCAUUGAUGAGGUUGACAGUUUUUUGGGUCAGCGUCGUACAACAGAUCACGAGGCUUUGUUAAACAUGAAAACUGAGUUCAUGGCUCUGUGGGAUGGAUUUACCACUGAUCAGAAUGCCCGAGUUAUGGUCCUUGCAGCAACUAAUCGUCCUUCAGAACUUGAUGAAGCAAUACUUCGGCGUCUUCCUCAAGCCUUUGAAAUUGGAAUUCCGGACCAGAGGGAGAGGGCUGAGAUAUUAAAGGUUAUCUUAAAGGGUGAGAGGGUUGAAGAGAACAUAGACUUUGGUCAUAUAGCUGGCUUAUGCGAGGGUUACACUGGUUCGGAUCUAUUUGAUCUUUGCAAAAAGGCUGCCUAUUUUCCUAUUAGAGAAAUACUGGACGAAGAGAAGAAAGGGAAACGAUCUCCUGCACCUAGACCUUUGUCGCAGUUAGAUUUGGAGAAGGCCCUUGCCACUUCACAGAAGACAAAGGUUGCUGCAAGUGAAUACGGUGGAUUAAGCCUACAGUCACCUUCAAGAUGGUCAGUGCAUGGUGAGUCAGAGUAAGCUUAAGAUUCAUCAAGACGAUGCAGUUAGCAAGUUGUCAACAGCCAUCAAUGAUUGAGGCCUCUGGGAAAUAACUGGCAUUGGAGUGGGUUCGGCAGGGUUAUACUUUUAAGCAAUGUGGGUCAGUAAGCAUCCCUGUGUUUUGUUGUCUUUCUGGUCCACCCGCAUAAGAUGAUGAUUAACUCAAACCCUUGAAAGGUGCAAGCUCUUCCCAUCACAUUCAUUCAUUAUAGUUAGGAGUUGGGACCACAAAUUUGUACCUUUUUUCCCCUCUCAAACAUAUUUCUACAGUGUAGGCAGGACCACAACGUAGGGGACGUAUCUUCCCUAACACGUCCCGUUUGUGGCUUGGUUGACGGCCUACCUCGUGGUUCCAUCAUUGCUUACUACUUUUAAGGGUAGAGAAAAGAUUAAGAAAUUGAAUAUCGAAAAAAAUUAAGAAAAUGGAAUAACUAAAGAUACAUUGGCAUGCACGAUUGAUCACAAUCCAAGAAGGGACGGGAUAUCUUUCUUUUAGGAUUUUGGAAUUGGAAGUGGCUAUUCAUUCUGUUUGGAAAUAUUGCCGUCAUUAUCUUAGACCUGUAAGUCUUGUGGAGAUAACACCCUCGCAGAUGAUUGGACACAAAUGAAAAAUAAUAUGGUGCUGAAAG